ACGAUGCAGUCGUUGUGGAGGUGGGUGACCAUGGAAGGGAGGGGAAGUAGGAGGUAGUAGACGCGGCGUCGACGGGUUCCCUGCGCCGUUUCCGCCGGCGGUGGGCGUCGCGAGCACGUGCGACGACCGAGGAGAAUUAGGGAAGGUCUGGAUCCGCUUGACCGGCCUUCACGCGGUCUGAAACCCGUUAUGGGAUUUUGCGGACCGAACCACACCGGUCUCUCCUGUGUUUAGGGUUUUGAUUUGAAGGGUUUUCUGGGGUUCGGAAUUGCCCGACAUCUCGACCUCCUGUUUGAAAGAAAACCGCUGAGGAACUCGAUUAUGGAGAGACCUGCAGAAACAUCUCGGCGAGAGAAGAGGAAAGAAGCCCGGUUGGCAAAGCAACAUAACCGAUUCGUCUCGUGGAUCCAGCAUCAAAGUGGUAAGAACAAGAAGAAGAAGAAGAAGUCAUCAUUGGAUUCGGAACCACAGUCUGAAAUGGUGGCUUCGGAGAGGAAAAUUAAGAAGAUGAAGAUGUCAUAUUCUUUGAAGAAGGGGAAGUCUAAAACUAAGUUUCAGGAAUUUCUGGAAUUGGAGACGGGCAAGGGCGUUUUAAGCGGUGAGGAGGAUCUCGAGAUGGAGAAGAGGCUGUCAAAGAAGCUCAAAGUCAAGGACACGAAGCUGCGCGGGCCUGAUGACGGGAUAAAUUUUCUAAUUGGUGGGAGCCCAUCUGAACCAUACUCCAUGUUCGAUGAUGACACUUGUGGAGAGGAUGAAGUAGAUGAUGAUGUAAUAGAGGAGGAUGUUUCAUCGAUGAAGAAGAAGCACAAGAAGAAGAAAAAGUCAUCUGAUGCUUCAAUAGAGCUAUCAGAACAUGAAGUUGCUGGUGGAGAGGAUGAAGUAGAUGAUGAUGAUGUAAUAGAGGAGAAUGUCUCAUCGAUGAAGAAGAAGCACAAGAAUAAGAAAAAGUUGUGUCAUGCUUCAAUGGAGCAAUCAGAAUGUGAAGUUGCUGCCGUUGAGAAGGGGACUCCAGAGAAGGUCAAUACCUCACAUGUGGAUGUGGGUCAGAAGAAGCGUAAGAAAAAGAAUUCACUUGCUGCUUCACAAGAGCAUCCAGUGGUGGACGGGGAUGCAAAGAAGCUUGAUGUAUUGGACACAGAAGAAACUCAUUCUGUAGAACCUGCAACAGUUCCAAGUGUGAAAUAUAUGCCUCCUCAGGUGCGAGCUCGUCUGGGUAUCGAAUUCGAUGAGCUUCUUGAGAUUCGUCGUAGGGUGAAAAGACUUCUGAACCAGCUUAAUGAUUCCAAUGUGGAAUCAAUUACCAAAGAAGUGGCUACAAUCUUUCGAUCACUCUCUCGCAGUGAUGGCUGUCAGAUAAUUGGUCAGGCAUUUCUGGAAUCAUCUACCAAAAAUGAAAGUUUUUCUGCUGCUUUUGCAGCUUUUGUUGCAGGCAUGGCAUGUUCAGUUGGAAUUGAUUUUAGCGCAAAGCUCAUUGCUUCUCUCGCUCAGUCAUUUGAGGAUGAGUACUCGAAGGACAAUUGCAUGUUUCUGAAGAAUUAUGCAAAGAUUCUUUGUGAUAUGUGCAUUUUUGGUGUCUGUUCCAGUGAUCUCAUAUAUGACCUGCUUUCAGUAUUGAGCAAGCGUUUGACGGAGUUGGAUGUGUCCGUUAUAGAUACAAUACUAGAUUAUUGUGGAAUGAAACUUAGGGUUGAUGAUCCUGCUGCCAUGAAAGAUUUCAUCUUCAAUAUUCAGAAUAGAGUAAAUGAGUUUAGAUCUCAUUCUGAUGGCACACGAGAUGGGAAGCGAAGUAUUAGUAAAAUGGACUUCAUGCUCGAGAGAAUAUGCGACAUUAAGAACAAUAAGAUAAGGCUUAAAGAGGUCCCUGCACAUCAUACACGGUUGAAAAAAUGGCUGCAGAAGCUAAGAGGAGAGGACAUUCUCCUUCGAGGGCUCAAGUGGAGCAAGCUGCUUGAUACUGAAAAGAAAGGCCAAUGGUGGAUUUCAGGGGACGUUGCCUCUGGUAUUAAUGAUGUCGAGGAUAUGCAGACUACAAUAAUCAAGGAGGUUGUAGAAGCUCAAAAAUUCGUUCAGCUUGCGGCUGCACAAAGGAUGAAUACUGAUAUUAGAAGAGCGAUAUUCUGCAUUAUCAUGAGUGGGGAAGACUACCUUGAUGCUUUUGAGAAACUUUUGAGACUCGAUCUAACUGGGAAGCAGGACAGGGAGAUUAUGAGGGUCCUUGUUGAAUGUUGUCUGCAAGAAAAGGUUUUCAAUAAGUAUUACACAGUCUUGGCUUCUAAGUUAUGUAGCCAUGAUAAAAAUAACAAGUUCAGCUUGCAGUACUGCUUAUGGGACCAUUUUAAAGAACUGGAAUCGAUGGAGUUAAACCGCUCCAUGAACCUUGCAAGAUUUAUCGCCGAGAUGUUAUCCAGCUUCUCUCUCUCCCUUGCUAUCCUAAAGACUGUCAAUCUGACAAAUCCCAUGAACCUAACCCCGAAAAGGGUCAUGCAUUUCAGAAUGCUCUUUGAGGCUGUUUUCAACAACAGCGACGCCUUGGUAUGGAACAUCUUCACCCGAAUUGGUGCCAUUCCUGAGCUAGAGGAAUUAAGGAACAGCCUCGUCUACUUCAUCAAGCAGUAUGUGGUCACUGUAAGCAGUGAAAAAUCUGUUGCUGGAAAAUUCAAGAUCGCCAAGAAAGCACUCAAUAAUGUAGCUGGUGUGCUGAUGUAAAAUGGUUUAACCUUUUGGGGUACCCAGGCGAACUGGCGUCGUCGUUUCUUAUUGAAUGUGCAAUGGCUACAGUCCGUUUUGUGGUUUCGUUUUGGUUUUAUGUCAAAGUCUAAUUUUGGCUCUAGAUUAUGCAAUCCUUGUGGAUUGUUUAGAAGCCUUGACGGAAGUAUUAGAGAGACUGUCCGUAGACAGUGUAAAACAUCACCAUUCAAAAGCACUACUGAGUUUCUUUUUAA